CUACGUCACUUUACUCCAAUGCGGAAGAGCUCGUCAUCGUAAAAGCUGUGAGUUGGAAGGUCUGUGAGGUGUAAUGAAAUUAUGGUGAAUUUUACCGUCCGAACAUGUCGUGGAUAAAGGAAGGUGAAUUAAAUCUGCUUGAAAAGUUUUCAGCUAAUAUCCUGAAGGCCGGACCCAUGCCUAAACAUGUAGCCUUCAUCAUGGAUGGUAAUCGUCGCUUCGCACGUAAGAAAAACAUGGGGUGCCUUAAAGGGCAUAUGCAGGGCUUCAACAAGCUUGCAGAGACAUUACGUUGGUGCAAGCAUCUGAACAUCCAAGAGGUUACAGUGUACGCCUUCAGCAUUGAGAACUUCAAGCGCACCCAAGAUGAGGUGGAUGGGCUGAUGGACCUGGCCAGGGAGAAAUUUAUGAAGCUGCUGGAGGAACGGGACAACCUGGAGAAACAUGGCGUUUGUAUCCGUGUGCUUGGUGACUUGAACUUGCUGCCACUCGACCUCCAGCAACUUAUUGCCAAAGCUGUGGUGUCAACCAAGGCACACAAUAAAUGUUUCCUGAAUGUGUGUUUUGCCUACACGUCAAGAUAUGAAAUCACCAAUGCAGUCAGAGAAAUGGCUUGGGGAGUGGAACAGGACCUGAUCAAAGCAAGUGAUGUUUCAGAAGCGUUGCUGAGUGAGUGUUUGUACAGCAAUAAUUCUCCCAAUCCUGAUCUGCUCAUCCGCACCUCUGGAGAGGUGCGCCUCAGCGACUUCCUUCUUUGGCAGACUUCCCACUCCUGUAUAGUCUUUCAGUCAAUUCUGUGGCCAGAGUACUCAUUCUGGAACCUGUGUGAAGCCAUUCUCCAAUAUCAACUAAAUUACAAAUCCAUUCAGAAAGCCAGAGAGCUCCAUCAAGAGCAUCAGGCCUUACAGCAGCUAGAGGAGGAUCGGGUAUGUGUGUCAGAGCACCUACAGCAUCAUGGGAAUGGAAAGCCCAUCGACGCCCAGAAAAGACAAGAGGCACUGCUACACUACAUCGCCUGCCGGGAAGAACGAAUUCAGAACUUCCUACAGGCACUGAAGCACAAGAGAGACUCUUAUUUUAAUGACUUAUGGAGUGAAGCCGUCUUAGCAUAGGAAAGCUCAGAAGAACAAACCCCAUGUUCAAGUGGGGAUUAAACCUCUCUUGUCCUCUUCCCCAAAAGGGCUUCUGUGGAAAAGGGAAGAGUGAAUGGUAACUGGGUAAGGAUUCAUUGUGUUACUGAUUAGAUGAGAGGAAAUAUUUACCCCCAUGGGGCUGUAGAGAAAUUAUUUAUGAUUGUAGAAUUAAAAAAAAAAAAGUCUAAUAUGUGGAAAUCUCUGGUCAAGAUGUAGUUAAAUUGUUAUGUAAACUGUCUGUCAAAUGCAUGCAAUUGGAAGAUCAAAUUAUAUGAGCGAAAGCAAGGGAUCCUGUAUUUUGGAAAUGUUUGUGAAGAAUUCAUCCAGAUAAAUAUAACUCAGUCCCGUUUUGCAUUUUUGUUGAUUUGCAAAGAAAGUGUCGUUUGUGGAGUGUGACGUGAAUGACAUAACUAGAUUUUGACCAGUUUUCUUAAACAGAAUAAAGUGUUAACUGUAUGUCAGAUAUGAUAAAAUCAUGUGAUAUUCAAUCCUUUAUACUUUAUUACAUGUUGGAUGUUUCCGCUGUCUUUGAUCAGUUGCCACA